AUGGCGCCUCUGACUCCCUCCGUGCUUCCCUACCCCUCACUUCUCUUCCCAUGGCUCUCCGAUAGUAGCUACCCCGCAACGAUAACCACUACCGUCAGCGGUUUGUCAGCAGCAGCGUCAUUGUCGCCUCCCGAUUCCCUCGAUGGCACCGGCGGUUUCUCCUCCUUGCUUUCCCUCCAUCCAUCCACCACUAAUGUUACCUCCUUCCUCACCGCCGCGUCUUCCGCCGCGACUUCCGGCGCCAAUCUCUCCGAAACCGACACCGCGAUGGCCGCAACUGGCGCCGCCUCGCGCGGCAAUGUCGCCGAGCUUUUCUCAUCCGUCGCAUUCUCUCCCUUUCCCACCGUCUCCUCCGCAAUUCUCGGCCCGUCCGCGCCGCCGCCGCAGCCGGCGCCGCCUCCGCAGUUCGUAGAUUCGUUCUGCAAGCCGCAGUUUAACGGAUCAUGGGAGUCAAUCACGAACGAGCUAGGCGCUUUCACGCCCUGCUUCAUCGACAUUGUCGUACUCGGUACAGCGUACCUCGCUAUGAUUCUUCUAGCCGUGCUGCGGCUGUACGUUCUCUACACCACCCCGCGCGCGCAGCAGCGGGCGGUUGCGCCCGGGUGGCGCGGGGAGCGGGGGAUCGUGGCGGCUGCUGCGCUGGCGCUGACGUGUGCAGUGGUUCCGCUGAUGCAGCUGAGCGCUCGCGUGUCACUGAGCUCCUUCUCUACAGAUGCGGAUCUACCGCCUUAUGAGGUCUGCUCCUUGAUCCUGGCGUUCCUCGCCUGGGCGCUCACAGCAACGGCUCUCUUCUGGGAGCGAAGGCGCAUGGCGGUGAAGGGCGCAUGGCUGCUGCGAUUCGCAGUGCUCUACGUGAUGGUGGGGCAGCUGGCGAAGUUGAGAUUCGUGCUCAUUCUGCAGCAGGACUUCCAGGCUUUCUUUGUGGAGCUCUUCUUUGGCUACACAUCAGCUCACGUCCUCCUGGGUCUGCUAGCGCUCUUCUUCUUCCCCAACCUGCUCCCGCUUGAGCGUGCCUCGUCGGGAUUCUCCUCCUCCGCCCUCGCAGCUGCAGAGGCAGCAGCGCCACUCCUGCCACCUGCAGCAGCAGCAGGAGAAGCAGCAGGGGCAGCAGGGAGUGGUGGUGGUGCGGGGUAUGUGCCUUUGGCUGCAGGGCCUGUGGGUGGGGCGGAAGGAGAAGCAGCGGAGGAGGGAGGAGACAACCAGGGGCAGGUGUGCCCUGAAGACCACACCCAGGGGCAGGUGUGCCCUGAAGACCACACCAGCUUCAUCAACCGUCUGACGUUUGGGUGGAUGACGCCUCUCAUGGCUACGGGGUACCGGCGCCCGAUAGAGGACAGCGAUGUGUGGCGGCUGAACGAUGGCGACCGCACUGCCACGGUGUAUGGCAGGUUUGAGCGCGAGUGGAGGGAAGAAAAGGCGCGGCCUAAGCCGUGGCUGCUGCGCGCCCUGCACUCCUGCUUUGGCCGCAGGUUCUGGUGGGGUGGGUUCUGCAAGAUUGGCAACGACGCCUCUCAGUUUGUGGGACCGCUGAUGCUCAGCCGCCUGCUGUCAGCCAUGCAAUCAGACGAGCCUGCAUGGCACGGCUACAUCUAUGCCACCAUCAUAUUUCUUGGACUGGUGGGAGGGGUCAUCUGUGAGGCGCAGUAUUUCCAGAGUGUGAUGCGCGUGGGCUUCCAGCUGCGGCAAGCCAUGGUGGCAGCAGUGUUCAGCAAGUCACUGCGGCUGAGUCACAGUGGGCGGCAGGGCUUCAGCACGGGGCGCAUCACCAACAUGAUGACCAACGACGCCGAGUCGCUGCAGAUGGUGUGUCAGCAGCUGCACGGUCUCUGGUCCGCUCCUCUCCGCAUCCUCGUGUGUGUCUUCCUGCUUUACCAGCAGCUAGGGGUGGCAUCACUCCUCGGGCUGCUCAUGCUGCUCCUCAUGAUCCCCGCGCAGGCGGUGAUAGUGAACCGGGUACAGAAGCUGGUGAAGGCAUCACUGCAGCGCAGCGACAAGCGAGUGGCGCUCAUGAGCGAGGUGCUGGCAGCCAUGGACGUCGUCAAGUCGUACACGUGGGAGGAGAGCUUUCAGAGCAAGGUGGCACGCGUUCGAGCGGACGAGAUGGGGCAGAUCUCCAAGGCGCAAUACAUCAUGGCGAUCAACUUCCUGCUGAUGAGUGUGGUGCCGGUGCUAGUGACGGUGGUGUCGUUCGGCUGCUACUCGCUGUUAGGCCACCAGCUCACAGCCGCCAAGGCCUUCACCUCCAUCUCCCUCUUCGCUGUGUUGCGCUUCCCCCUCUACAUGUUCCCCAACCUCAUCACCCAGGUGGUGAACGUGAACGUGUCUCUCACGCGCCUGCAGGAGAUGCUACUGGCAGACGAAACGGACAUUGACGCCCCUGCGCCGCCCAUCGACCCCACCAAGCCGGCAGUCGAGGUCUCCCAUGCCUCCUUCGCCUGGAGCGCUGCUCCCUCUGCUGCUCCUACUGCUGCUGCUAAUGGAACUGCUUCUAACGGUGCUGCUGGGGGGGGCUCAGGAGCAGAAAAGGGAGGUGGAGGAGGGGGAGACGGCAAGGAGAAGGGUGGAGUGGGAGGGGAGGGGAAGGAGAAGGACGUGGGGGGCACACUAACAGAUGUGACUCUAUCGGUGGAGCCUGGGAAGCUGGUGGCUGUUGUGGGCGCCACAGGGCAAGGCAAGUCGUCGCUGGUCAGUGCGCUGCUGGGCGAGAUGCCCAUGGUGGCAGGGGACUCUCCUCCUAUCAUCAGAGGCCGCGUGGCCUAUGUCUCACAGGUCUCCUGGAUCUUCAACGCCACAGUGCGCGAGAACAUUCUUUUCGGGCUGCCCUACGAGCGGCAGCGGUACGAGCGGGCAGUGAGAGUGAGCGCCCUGGAGAGAGACCUGCAGCUGCUGCCAGGGGGGGACCUCACGGAGAUAGGCGAGAGGGGAGUGAACGUGAGUGGCGGGCAGAAGCAGCGCAUCAGCAUCGCGAGAGCGGUCUAUUCUGACGCCGAUGUGUUCUUCUUCGAUGAUCCGCUCUCCGCCCUCGACGCCCACGUCGCCAAGCAGGUGUACGACACGUGUGUGAGGACAGAGCUUGCCGGCCGCACGCGCAUCAUGGUCACAAACCAGCUGCACUUUCUGCCAGCCGUGGACUGGGUGGUGAUGGUGGAGGGGGGGCGCAUAGCAGAGCAGGGGCCGUAUGUGCAGCUGAAGGCGUCGGCACCCAAGUUCCAGAGGCUGCUGGAGAAGGCAGGCGCGCUGGAGGAGCACGGGGACGCGGAGGUGGGGGGGGAGGGAGGGGAAACAGCAGGGGACGCGGGCAGUGGUGGAGGUGAGACGAGCGCUGAAGCGGCAGCGGCAGCUGCAACAGCUGGCAGCAGCAGUAGUGGUGGUGGUGGUGGCAGUGACUCUGCUGCAGCAGCGAACGGCGAUUCUCGCAGCAGCAACCGGGCUGGGGAGAAGAGCGGAGCGGGGAAGGGGGAGAAAGGCGGGGCAGGGGGAACGACCCUAGUCCAAACAGAGGAUAAGGCGCAGGGGGUGGUGAGCGCGGCGGUGGUGUGGCGGUAUGUGAGGGCCAUGGGGGGGACGGGCGUGCUGGCGGUGCUCAUCUCGCUCUACGUGCUCGUGGAGGCCGCCAGGGUGCUGGCCAGCGUGUGGAUCAGCGUGUGGACGGGGAGUGUUUCUCAGGAGGAGGGUGGUGGGCAUGGGUCGCUGUAUUUCGUGGCGGGGUAUUCGCUCAUCUCGCUGGGCCAAGUGCUGCUCACCUUUGCCAACCAAUACUUCCUCGUGUUCUCCUCCCAGCGAGCGGCCCGUCGUCUGCACGAUGCCAUGCUGGCGGCCAUUCUCCGCGCCCCCAUGUCCUUCUUUCACACAAACCCCGUGGGUCGUCUUAUUAACCGCUUCACUAAAGAUACAGCCGACAUCGAUAAAAACCUCGCGCAGUACACGUCGCUGUGCCUGGGCGGCAUCUUCCAGCUGCUCUCCACCUUCGCCCUCAUCGGCGUUCUCAACACCGUCGCCCUCUGGGCCAUCGUGCCGCUGCUGCUGCUCUUCUAUAUCGUCUACCUCUACUUCCAAAACACCGCACGGGAAGUCAAGCGCUGGGACUCGGUGACGCGCUCUCCCGUCUACUCACAG